CUUUCACAAAAAUAAUUGACAUAUUUCGAUUGAGAUAGGCAAAUUAAUGGACUUGUGCAAAGGAUAAAAGGUACGCUGCGGUUUAUAGAAAACUGUGCCAGCUGUAUUCUCAUAUUAGACGUCGCACAUUACUAGCCACAGUCAGCUGUAGCUGCCAAUAUCAUAAUACAAUUAGUAAAAUGAAGCUUGUUAAGCUAUCACAAACAAACGAUGUGAUGCCCACACUGGGCUUAGGAACAUGGCAGGCUGAACCAUCUAUUGUUAAGUCUACUGUAUAUGCUGCUCUGGAACUAGGAUAUAGGCAUAUUGAUACAGCAUUUAAUUACAAUAAUGAAGAAGCGAUUGGCAGUGCUAUUGCCAAAUGGAUUGAUGAUGGAAGAGGAACUCGAACUGAGUUGUUCAUUACCACCAAGCUACCACAUAUAGCUAACAGGGCUUCUGAUGUCGAGAAAUUCGUAAAUCUUCAACUGCAACGUUUGCAACUGUCUUAUGUGGAUUUAUAUCUCAUACAUGUACCCUUUGGCUUCCAUUGCGAUCCUGAGACACUGACACCCAAAGUUAAUCAGGAAGGGAAUUAUGAGUUGGAUAUGGAUACAGAUCAUGUAGCGACCUGGAAGAAAUUGGAGGAGUGCCAAAAAUCAGGUCUCAUUCGCAACAUUGGUUUAUCUAAUUUUAAUGAGGAACAAAUAGAGAAAAUUAUGAAACAUGCGACAUUUAAACCACAGGUGUUGCAAGUAGAACUUCACGCAUAUUUCCAGCAAAAUGAAUUGCGGAAAUUUUGUGAAAAACAUAACAUUAUUUUAACUGCAUAUGCCCCUCUGGGGAGCCCUGGCGCUAAAAACCACUUUGUCACCAAAUAUAAAUACAGCCCCAAUACUUUCCCUGAUUUGCUGUCUCUACCAGAAGUGGACACAAUGGCCAAAAAAUAUGAGAAGACACCUGCACAAAUAUUACUUCACUUCUUGGUUAAACAAAAAAUUGUUGUUAUUCCAAAGAGUACCAAUUUGGACAGAUUGGAGGAAAAUAAGAAUAUUUAUGACUUUGAAUUGUCAGAAGAAGAAAUGAAUACCCUGAUUCGGUUGGAUAAGGGAGAAAAAGGAAGGAUUUUCAACUUUUUAUUCUGGAAAGGAGUAGAAUUUCAUCCUGAAUAUCCGUUCGCGAACGUGAAGAAGCAACUAUCGGAAGACGAUAUUUAAUACGCUAAACGCUUGUUACUACCUAGUCAGUCAGUCUUUGCUUUCCAAAUUCACACACACAAGCUCGCGUGUCAGUAAAUUAAAAGUUUGGACACCAGUGAUAGCAACAUGCUGAUAUCCACUUUUAGCUUUAAUAGUUAAUAUGUAAAUGAUCAGUUUUAAACUGAUUAAAAAUUUAUGUUAUUUGCUUCAAGCAAAGUAUUAUUUAUUAAAAACUGUGGUCAGUUUAUGAU